AAUCUAAAUAUGGAUGAGGGAAUGUCAGGUUUUGGUCUGAAACCUAGUCGUGGUGGUAGCGGCGGCGCUAAGUGUGGUCGUUGGAACCCGACCAACGAACAAGUCAAAGUCCUGACUGACUUGUUUAGGUCGGGUUUACGAACUCCUAGCACUGAUCAGAUACAAAAAAUAUCUUCCCAGUUGAGUUUUUAUGGGAAGAUUGAGAGCAAAAAUGUUUUUUAUUGGUUUCAAAACCAUAAAGCUAGGGAAAGACAAAAACGUCGUCGCGUUUAUGUUGAGAAUGAUCAAAACGACUUAAAUAUUGCAAAACAACAUUUUGCUGAUGUGACGGAGUCAGGGAGGGUGAUAGAGACAUUACAACUUUUUCCUGUGAACUCCCUUGCGUUCUCUGAACAAGCAUCAGAGAAGGCAAGAGGGUACACAAAUGAUGAAUGCAAAGAAAAUACGUCACCAUACACGACCAUGUAUACGUGUGGAACAGAAAUGGAAAACCAUUAUCAUCAUCGACAUCCAUCACUAGAUCUACGUUUAAGUUUCAUGUGA